UACGGAGUUGUGCAGAGGACUUGAUCUAUUGAGCUCCUCUCGCUUGCCUGUCAAACCUCAGCUUCUGAAAUCUAGCAGGCAGAAAAAGUCGGUAUAAAUAUUAAAUAACUAUACUUCAAAUUCAUGAUCUUCUAUUGUCCACACAUGAAAAAUUAAGAAUUGCAACCAAAGAGUCUAUCAAGUGGGAAAAGUGAUGAUAACCAUUUCGUUAUAACGACAUUCAACGUUCAAGUUGAAGAAGAUAUUCCGAAGUCAACGAGUGAUAUUAUAUGACCUGGAUCAAAAUACAACUUUUAUGUACAAGAAUUUGCGAAUCUUCGAUCAACGAACGGUUCAUGAACAUUUGCUGCCGAUGCUGUUGUGUGCAUGUUUCAUCGUUUAUUCUCGUUUUGAUUGAAAGUAUCGAGUAAAAAUAUACCGACGAAUACGAUAAAUAGAGGAAUUCACGAUGAGAUCGGAGCUCAUAUUCCGGCAAUUUGUGGACUCAUUUCACGCCGCAGCGUCUGCUCGGCUCGGCUCUAGUGACAUAAGUGAAGCCGGCCACAAACCCCCGGAAGUGUCAUACCUUGAGCUGCAAUCUCCGAGCAUCGACUACUGCCUCGACUAUCAAGAUAGCAGUAAGCGCAUUGAUUUACGUGAUUACAUCGCUGGCUUGGACUUGCCGGAGAAUUCGAGCCCGGUUCUCAGUCCCUCCGGAUCUGUCAGUUCGGGUGACGACCACAGAUUUUUUAAUUCUUCGGAAGCCACAUUAGAAGGAUCAACAUUGAGUUUCUCCGUAGAGGCAAGCGUUGGUCUCUUAUCUUCCUCGCCCCAGUAUUCCAGCAACUCUAUUGACUUCUUGAGUAAUUCUCCAUCGACCACAAACAUUGUAGAAUACGAGAAAAAAAAUCAAGAUGUCGACAAAUCUGAGAAUGGCUCGUCAUUAAUUGAAAUCAGGCCAAGUUCCUGCCCUCAGCCCUCAGUGGCAGACUGCAGAAGUUCGCCUAGCCUCAGCAGGUCGGCGUCCAGCGAUCACGUGUCCCACAAAGUUGGACUCGUGGCGACCAGGAGUAACGUUUUUUCGUGCAGUCGGCGCCAGCGUCGGCGGUGCGAGGUCUCUGAAGCCGUCCGCCGCAAACGUCGACUGGCCGCCAACGCUCGGGAACGUCGUCGCAUGGACAGCCUCAACUUGGCCUUCGAUAGACUGCGGUCUGUCCUUCCCCAGCUGAACAACCAAGAGAAGCUCUCGAAAUACGACUCGCUGCAGAUGGCGCAAACAUACAUCGCGACGCUCUGUGAAAUGCUCGUCUAGCUCUAUGAAUAGUAAUUUCUAACGUAUUCUUAAGGCUUUACUUUACAUCUUUAUUACAGAUAGUUUAUGUGCUGUAAAUGUUGUAUUUGCACUUGUUUAGUAUUGCAAAUGUGUGUGUGCAAUUUUUGUACCCGUGAUAAGCUCUCAAGACAUUUCUCAGCGAUUUGUUUCCCUAACUUGUAGAAGUUGGGCGACCAAAUUAAUAAUAUAAGAAAGUAUUAGCUGUGUUCCGGGUAUCCGCAAUUAGCAUUAUCCUAUGAGUUUACAGCGGUAUAUAUCUGUUAUUGUUAUUAUCACAUCGAAGGAAUAGAUGUUCUAGAUUAACACUUUGCUUAAUAUGCCAUUCGAUAAAGUUACCUGCUAACUCAAAUAGAUCAUUAUUAAAUUCUAUAUAUUCAAUCAUGCAGAAAUGUUUGGCUUAUAAAAUAUAACUAGCGGCAAUCUUUCAAGCUCUAAAAUAUUAUGCAUUCAAGUAAAAUCAGCCUUUUAUUAUAGGAGCGCAAGAACGUGUAUACUUUGUUCUUUGAGAUUCAAACAAUUUAGCUCCGGCGAUUUUGCUCAGCCAUAGGAAAAGCCCGCGCAAGUUUUUCUUUCGUCUCACCCUGUUGUUUAAAUCUUAGCAGAACUGAUUUGUAAAUAACGUUUCAAAUUUGUGGUUGAAACUUGUAGAUUUGGUCUAAUAUCUCUCGUGAUUUUGAGAAAUCUUAAAUGUUAUCCCUCAUACCAACUGAUGCGUGAGCUUUAUCGAUAUUGCUCAUUUUACUCCGUUAGAAGAGGUAAACUGUUUCCUGUAAGUUGUAAGUAAAGUGGAUUUUGAGGACCAAUAUUGAAAGACUAUACAAUAUUAGAUCUCAUAGGAUAUUACCUAGCAGUACCAGUUAAUGUUUUGUAUAAAGGGUAGCCAGAUAAGCCUUAACUAAGAUGCAGUUGUUGAAUAUUGAUAAAAUGUGCACAAGAAAACUCGACAUGUAUAGCUUGUAAGGUGACAAUGAAUAGAGAAUAAAAGACAUCGCUUAUCAUGUUCAGCAUUCUUUUUAUGAGCUGCUAAUCAUUUUAAUCUCUGAAAUCUUUAUAUUAAAUAUUUUUAAUAAUAUUCAGACCAGCAUAAAUGACAUCAUGAUAGUUCCGAUAACUGAAGCAGAGUUAGGUUGUGCCUGCGAUCCACAACGCGAUAAACAAAUGAAACAAUAACAAUCAUUGAUAUAAAUUUUCUUUGGAUUAACUAUCAAUAUAUAAAAAAUUGUGCAAUGAUUGUUAUGUGCUUAGUGACGAGCGACUUACUUGACAGCUUGAAAUUCCAUUCAAUAAGUUUAUGAUGCGAAUAUAACUGAUUUGUAGUAGAUAUGAACGAUAUAAAAUGUAAUCAUAGCUUAAUACAGUUUAAAUUUAAUGAGAUAAUAUCGCAAGGACAAUAUCGAGUGUCUUUUACAUCGGGUGUGCAAACAACGCUAAAUUAACCUGCUAAUUAACAACCAAACUCCCGGGCAGCUCCCUAUUAACCUGAUAAUUAAUACACAUCCAGCCAAACAACGUCCGGUUAACCUGCUACUUAACACACAACCUCCCUAGAAACGCACGGUUAACCUGUUAGUUAACACAGAACCUUGCUAACAACGCCGAGUUAACCUGCUACGUAACAUUCAACAGUGCGAGUAACUCCUAACUUAUAGGAGUUACUAACUAACCUAACUUAACCUAACCUGAUAAUUGACACACAGCCUCCCAUGUGUCGCUCAGCUAACCAGCUGGCACUAGCAUCAUUUAACGUAUUUCUUCGUCGUGUGGACUCAUUUUCAUUUUAAUUUGGAUAGUUUGUUUAUCUUGCGAUCUAUUUUUUGGUAAUAAUCUUACUAAUGUAAACACAUGAUGGCGCGUGUGCGCUACAUGACAAUAAUUGUACAAAUACAAGCUUGGUAAUCUAGUCAGUAUGUGGCAUUUAUUUUCGUUGCUAAUAAAUAAAGUUUCAGUACCUCA